AUGCCACCUCAGAAGAAGCGUUCUCGAGGCUCCAACAAGGCGUCUGAGGACCCUACAACUGGCCAGAACAAUGAACAUACAGUUGGAAUGAUGAUAGACAAUUCGGACAACGACAGCAGCGAUGACAGCGACGACGAUCUCACGUUUGAUGCAGCAUCCAAUGCCACACAGGACGAUGAUGGUUCCGAUGACGACAUGGACGGUGGAGAGGUUGUUGUAUCUACAGAGAACAAUGUGAGCAUCGACUUUCUCUUUUCAGACCCGCGUGAGGCCCAUUUUCACAGCGUCAAGCAGUUCUUAUUGGCCUAUUUGCCGCCCUCGCAGCCGUUCGACGUCUCUGGUCUAGCCAAUGCCAUCGUGGGCCAAGUCACCGCUGGUACUAUGGUGUGUGUGGAAGGAGAAGACGACGUAUAUGGUUUUAUUACUGCUCUGAACCUAAAAAUCUUUGAAAAGGAGACGAGUAUGCAACAGGUCGUACAGUACGUGACCAAGAAGUGCCCGAACUCCGACUUGCCAAAGCUACAGCAGAUUCUUAACACGAAGAAUGUGGGCCUUGUGCUCAACGAGCGCAUGGUGAAUCUGCCGUAUCAAUUGGUACCGGCACUGCAUUCGGCUUUGCACGAAGAUAUCGAGUGGGCAAUUGAGAACGAGGACACGCAGGAACUGCGCAACAGUUUUCAGAUGGACUACUUUAUUAUUCUAGCUACCUGUUCAGAAGAGAAGAGUGGCAGCAGUGGAUCCACAAAGAGCAAGAAGAGCAAGACGACGUAUGAGCAGACGGCAAGAUUUUUCCACAACUUUGAGGACGAGUUUCUUGAGCAGGAGGCGACGCUGACGUUUUCGUUUGACACACCGUUGACCGAGCGCGAACGUGUGGACAAGAGCAGAAAGACUACAGUUGUGAUGCUGCUCGAGCGUAAAAAGCACAAGGCGGCAUUGUCUAGCAUUUCCGACAUGAUUAACGUGUAA